AUGAUGUCAUUCCCGACUCGCAAAAAGGCCGAUGAUUUUGACUCUAGUAUGAGUGAGUCAAGGAGGAAAAGGAAAAAUGAUGUUGGCCCAAGUCCUAGUGAGCCUAGGAAGAAAAAUAAAAAUUAUCAACAUUCAGAAGCUAUUGGGGUGAGGAAUGUGACAUGCAAGCGCCAGGUUGAUAGACUUACUUUGGGGCCUACCAACAUUGUGGUGCAAACCAUUGAAAAUCAUAGCUUACAUCUUUGGUUUCAAGAGGUGAAGGGGUAUGUGCAUCCCUUGUGUCGAGAAUUUUAUCAAGAUUUGGUAGUUGUGGAUGUUCUGGAUUUGUUGAGAAUAUCUAUGAGGGGAAAGGCCAUUAAUGUCACCCUGGCAUCCAUAGUUGUGGUUUUGAAGUACAAAAGGCCUAAUGCCAACAAAAAUGAUUGCCCUCACCCCCAAUGCAGAGAUGAAGUAGCUCCAUGA